GUGAGUGACGCUGCAGAAAUCCUAAAAUCACUCCAGAUAGGUUUAAAUGUCGUCAUAUUUCUUCUGAACACUGAUCGUGGCCUACGAGCGACUGAGUUAUGUAAUGAAUGUUUAAUUCUACUUCAAAACCUUAACUCUGGUAGUCACCUUGAUAUCUCCGAUGUACUAUUCAAUGCGUACUACGCCAUCUCUGGUUACACAGAUGCAGAAAGACAUGCCACCAAACUUCUUGACACAUUUAACCAUGCCUGGAGACUAAUCAUCGAACUGGGAGACAUAAAUAUAGCACAAAGCCGGUUUGUAAGGGCAAAGCAACUCCUUCAAUGCGCACUCACCAUCGUGAAAACAAUUGGUCACAAAAGAAAAGUAGCAGUGGCUGACAGAAGACUCGGAACUGUCUGUACUAGCCUAGGAGAAUAUCAGAAGGCUAAAGAAUAUAACGAGGAAGCACUUGCCAUCGUGAUAGAAAUUGGCGACAGAGCAGGAGAAGGAACAACAUACGGGAACCUCGGAAAUGUAUUUUAUUCCCUUGGCGAAUAUCAGAAUGCUAAAGAAUAUCACGAGAAAGCACUUGCCAUCGCGAUAGAAAUUGGCGACAGAGCAGGAGAAGGAACAAGAUACGGGAACCUCGGAAAUAUGUUUCAUUGCCUUGGCGAAUAUCAGAAUGCUAAAGAAUAUCACGAGAAAGCACUUGCCAUCGUGAUAGAAAUUGGCGACAGAGCAGGAGAAGGAACAACAUACGGGAACCUCGGAAAUGUGUUUUAUUCCCUUGGCGAAUAUCAGAAUGCUAAAGAAUAUCACGAGAAAGCACUUGCCAUCGCGAUAGAAAUUGGCGACAGAGCAGGAGAAGGAAGAACAUACGGGAACCUCGGAAUUGUGUUUGAUUCCCUUGGCGAAUAUCAGAAUGCUAAAGAAUAUCACGAGAAAGCACUUGCCAUCGCGAUAGAAAUUGGCGACAGAGCAGGAGAAGGAACAACAUACGGGAACCUCGGAAAUGUAUUUAAUUACCUUGGCGAAUAUCAGAAUGCUAAAGAAUAUCACGAGAAAGCACUUGCCAUCGCGAUAGAAAUUGGCGACAGAGCAGGAGAAGGAACAACAUACGGGAACCUCGGAAGGGUGUUUGAUUCCCUUGGCAAAUAUCAGAAUGCUAAAGAAUAUCACGAGAAAGCACUUGCCAUCGCGAUAGAAAUUGGCGACAGAGCAGGAGAAGGAACAACAUACGGGAACCUCGGAAGGGUGUUUGAUUCCCUUGGCAAAAAUCAGAAUGCUAAAGAAUAUCACGAGAAAGCACUUGCCAUCGCGAUAGAAAUUGGCGACAGAGCAGGAGAAGGAACAAGAUACGGGAACCUCGGAAAUGUGUUUUAUUCCCUUGGCGAAUAUCAGAAUGCUAAAGAAUAUCACGAGAAAGCACUUGCCAUCGCGAUAGAAAUUGGCGACAGAGCAGGAGAAGGAACAACAUACGGGAACCUCGGAAGUGUGUUUUAUUCCCUUGGCGAAUAUCAGAAUGCUAAAGAAUAUCAGGAGAAAGCACUUGCCAUCGCGAUAGAAAUUGGCAACAGAGCAGGAGAAGGAACAACAUACGGGAACCUCGGAAGUGUGUUUUAUUCCCUUGGCGAAUAUCAGAAUGCUAAAGAAUAUCACGAGAAAGCACUUGCCAUCGCGAUAGAAAUUGGCGACAGAGCAGGAGAAGGAACAACAUACGGGAACCUCGGAAGUGUGUUUGAUUCCCUUGGCGAAUAUCAGAAUGCUAAAGAAUAUCACGAGAAAGCACUUGCCAUCGCGAUAGAAAUUGGCGACAGAGCAGGAGAAGGAACAAGAUACGGGAACCUCGGAUGUGUGUUUUAUUCCCUUGGCGAAUAUCAGAAUGCUAAAGAAUAUCACGAGAAAGCACUUGCCUUCGCUAUAGAAAUUGGCGACAGACGACGAGAAGGUUUAACAUACUCCAAUCUUGGAAUGGUGUACAGUAAUCUUAAUAAAAAUCGGCAAGCUAAAGAAUAUUUGGACAAAGCAGUCGGCGUCAGUAUUGCAAUCGGUUGCAGAGAACUGGAAGUCUUGGCUAUUCUAGGUUUGGCACAUGUCUCUGCUUCUGUAAAUGACAUUCAGAAGGCAAAAGAACAUUGUGAGAAGGCGUUUACAAUCAGCAGAGAAUGCAGCAAUAGAGAAUGCGAAGCACAACUAUACCUAUCUGUUGGUGGUCUAUUCCGAUCGUUUAGUGAAUAUGAUAAGGCAGCAUAUUAUUUACAGAAAGCUUGUUCGUUAAGUAGCCAAAUUGGACACAAAAUGACUGAGUUUAAAAGCCUUCUCGGUAUUACAGUUUUAAAGAUAUCGCAGUUCGAGGUUGUGGAGGCAAUGAAAUAUCUUCUUCAAGGUAUUGAAAAAUAUGAAACAAUCAGAACUCUUCAGAAAGGAAACAGUGAAUUUAAAAUUUCUCUAUCAGAGACACACGGUACUUUUCCCUACAAGUUACUCACUUACCUCCUUUGUAGUGCCGGAAAAUUUCGAGAUGCUCUCUAUGCUGAGGAGCUGGGACGAGCAAGAGUCCUCGCAGAACUCAUGGCAGACAAGUACUCCGCUGAAAGCCACAUCUCAGCUGAUCCACGGUUCGGGAUUGAAAACAUCGCGAGAAGAGAAAGUAACAGUGUUUUUUUGUACAUUUCGUAUGAAGAUCGGCAUGUUCUGCUCUGGGUAUUGAAAGCAAAUGGAGACAUUUUCUUUCGAAAAACAGACGAAGUGAAAAUAGACACUCUUAUUGCUGAACAAGUUUGCGAAGUGGAAGGAGUUUUCAAAAAGAGCGCCAAAUGCUUUGGUGUUUUACCCACAGCGAACUGCGAAGACCGAUCGCUGGGUGACAACAUGACGACAUCUCUUCAUGAAGAGAGCCAAACAAAUUUGCGAGGUGACGAAACCAAAGAUACCGGAAGAAGUCAUCAUUUGUGCUACGAAUGGAUCGUCGCACCUGUGGUAGAUUUACUCACAGAGCCCGAAAUCAUUAUUGUACCGGAUCGUUUUUCGUACCGAGUCCCAUUUGCUGCCUUGCGCGAUGAACAAGCCGGAAAGUAUUUAUCGGAGAAGUACAGAAUACGCAUCGUCCCUUCAUUGACAACUCUCCGGCUUAUUCAAGAAUGUCCAGCAGACUAUCACAGUCAAACUGGCGGACUGGUUGUGGGUGAUCCUACGGUUGGCAAAGUGCAAUACAAUGGACGUCUCACUGACAUUACACCAUUGUUCUGUGCAAGUAAGGAAGCAGAAAUGGUUGGUCAACUGCUGGGCGUUCAGCCUUUAUUGGGAAGUCGCGCAACAAAGCAGGCGGUUCUUCAAGCAAUACCUUCAGUGAGUCUGAUACAUGUUGCCGCACAUGGAGAUGUCGAAAGAGGAGAGAUUGCCCUCUCUCCUCAAUGUACUACUAACAGUACUCCACAAGAGGAAGACUACCUCCUGACAAUGUCCGACAUUGAAGGAGUUCAAGUGCGAGCUAAACUGGUAGUACUCAGCUGUUGUCACAGUGGGCGUGGAUUGGUUAAAAAAGAAGGAGUUAUUGGAAUCGCUCGAGCAUUCUUAGCAUCUGGUGCACGUUCAGUGUUGGUAGCAUCGUGGGCUAUAGAAGACAAAGCAACGGCGAAGCUCAUGAAACAUUUCUAUAAACACCUUGUGCAUGGAGAAAGUGCAAGUGAAUCUCUUCACCAGGCCGUUCAAUGGUUGAGAAGCAAUAGAUUCUCCAAACCUUUUCAAUGGGCUCCGUUUGUGUUGAUGGGGGAUAACGUGACAUUUGAUUUUAUGAAAAAAGGGUAAGUCUGAUUAGAAUGAGCAAUUUUCUACGAUAAACCGAUUAGCACACUUAACUUAUUCAGUUCACUCGGUGGUCGUAAUUUUUUUUGUUUGUUUUUGUCUUUGUUUUUCAUCCAUAAAAUGCCUCGAAAAAGAACUUGAUUUUGUCUAGCGCUUGGAGCCAGAAUUUUUUCACAGAAGGCUUUCUAAAAUUGGCUUUGAAUUAGUGUUUCUUUAGUAUGCAAUAUACUCGGAAAUAAUAAGUCAAAUUCGAUGCGAUACUACACGUUAUGACGAUGAAGGUAACUUGAGAAGCUGAAAAAGUUAACUUUAUCUGUGAAAAAUCAACAAAAAUAACAAUAAAUUGACAAUCUCAAAGUCACUUUCGCAUCAAGCAAGGUAUGUUCGACAAGUUUGGACAAUUAUACCUACUGGAAUUGAAGAAGAAAGUAAUUUCUUUAAUUGGAAAUCUGUUCCGUCUACUUUAAAGGUGAAAUAGUGACAAAUUUAUAAUGUUUUUUUUUUUUUUUUCAGGAAAGAGGAACUCGAGGAGGACAACAACGAGGUGAAGAAGAAACACAGCGACUACUGA